GUUUAGUGACAAAUGACAUAGAUUUAAAAAUAACGUGCUCUUUAAUUUUACUCUAUUUGUAUUCCAUAAACUUAUUUUACCAAUAAUUUAGUUUAGUGUAUAGUUUUUACUUACAUGUUUUAAAAUAUGGAUAGUUUUAAAACUCCUUUAAAAAAUAAACUCACUAAUAAUGUGAAGGUCCAAAUACCCCCGAGCCCACUUAUGAAAAAAAUUGGAUUUGGAACAAGUGUUGUUGUGUAUGAACUGCAAAGAUCUCCUAUUCCUGGAAAAUUUCGCUCACCAUGGGCCAUAAAAAAAUUAAUACAGAGCCACAAAAAUAGAGAUACAUCAAAAUUUAUUAAUGAACGCCUCAAAAAUGAGGCAGAAAUACUUCGUAAGUUAGAUCACCCAAAUAUAGUGGGCUUUCGAGCUUUUACCAAGGAUUCAGAUGGAACUAAUAUUUUAGCCAUGGAAGAAUGUACCAGUUCUCUAGGUGAUCUAAAUGAAAAUCGUUUGGACUAUUUGGGAGAUGUACCUUAUCCUAGUGAUACUAUCUUAAAAGUUUCGUAUGAUGUAGCAAAGGCUUUAGACUAUCUACAUAAUACUGCCCUAUUGUUGCAUUGUGAUAUUAAAUCGUACAAUGUACUUGUUAAAGGGGAGUUCGAGGUUUGUAAGUUAUGUGAUUUUGGAGUUUGCUUACCAUUAACCAAGUCUGGGGAAAUUGAUAGAAGUAAAGCCGGAGAAGAUGCAGAAUAUGUAGGUACACCUCAUUGGUCUGCACCAGAAGUACUUCUAGGUAAUAGCAGCAUUACCACAAAAGCAGACAUGUAUUCUUUUGGGAUAGUAGUCUGGGAAAUGUUGUCUUUAACACCUCCAAUAGAUGAUGAAUUACUUGAAGAUAUUGAAGGUGAAGAUUAUUCAGAUGAACUGCCCCCUAUAUCCAUAAAAAGAGAACUGACAACAGUUAGGCAAAGACCUCCUCUGCCUGAUGUUGAUCUGGGACCAGAGUAUAAUCUAGUGUUGGAGAUUUAUUUUUGUUGUACUGCUGUUGAUAGUAGUAAAAGGCCAGAUGCAAAGAAUUUAGUAUGUGUUUUGGAAGAGGCCAAGCAAACUUAAAUUUUUUGAAGAUUAUUUAUAAUAUUUUUUAGAUAGUAAAUUAUCUUUUAAUAGUAUAGAUAUAUUUUUAAGACUGCUUUAAUAUAAUCUAAUAUGAGAUAUAUUUUUAAUAACUUAGAUCUGUUAAAUUCCAUUUUAAUAUCUUAUUGAUUGUAUUAUAAUAAUAUACUGAUUAAGGUGA